AUGGGGUUGCCUCCAGCCGAGCUUCGCCCCCUGUACGUUGCGUCACUGAUAGAGUGGCUGGGGUCGCCCCCGAAGUGGCAGGGAAAGCAGCAGAUGGGCUGGUAUACAGCUAAGCUGCUGACACAAUGUGAUCGUGUCCCCAGAAUCUGGCUGAUCUCGGGCGUCUGUCUAUAUGUACCGACCUCCCACCCAAGCGAGCGAGGCCAGCCGUACCGCGCGUCUGUCUCGCAGGACGCCCGCUUACUGCUAUUGCUCUCCGACAGCCUCGCCAGGAAGAACAGCUCUCGGAACGUAUACCGCCUCGCCUCCCUCGAUAUUACCCUCGCGCGGUAUAGCGAUCUCAAUCCUCGAGACUCGCAGAGGCGCUACCGGGAGGAAGAGCCCGCCUCGUUUUGA